GAAGGAAAUAUUGUCUUUGCAUUGAUUCUCGACCUGAGCUUAUUAUCUCAGUACCUUUUUUAUUUUAUUUACUGCAAUACAAUAUAUAACUACUAGAUUUCAUCUUUUAUUUAGCAGCCUACUUUCAAUAUGAAUAGCAAAUUAGCUCCUGAAGACAUGAACGUCGCUAUGUACCAGAAAGAAAAAAAGGGAGCAGAAGAUAUGGCUUACGUAAAAAGUGGAUGGCUGCUUCGGCAAAGCACCAUUUUGAAGAGAUGGAAAAGGAAUUGGUUUGAUUUGUGGUCAAACGGAUGUCUGAUCUAUUAUAGUGAUCAGGAACGGCAAGAUACGGAAGAUAGAAUGUACAUGCAAAUCGACUGUGCAAAUAUCAGAGUGGGCGAGGAAUGCAAAGAUUUAAAUCCACCGGAAGGAAAAGGCAAAGACUGUUGCCUACAGAUUAUAUGCCACGAAGGACAUGUUAUCAACCUUGUUGCCGAAAGUGCAGAUGAUUGUUUGGCUUGGGAAAGUGCUCUGCAGGAGGCUAGGACCAAGACACAUAUCCUGGCCCCACAUUUAUUAUACGAUGAGGCAAUCCUUGGUUCCGCCCCACCACCAUACACACCAUAUGAUGCGCCACCGGCAUAUGGGUAUGAUCAGCAUCAUGGAGGAUAUCCAGUACAAGGAGCUCAAGUUGUCUACACCAGAGAUGGACAAGCGUAUUAUGCGCAGCAAGGUGCGGGUGUACCUCCUGGUAAUCAUAUCAUCAUCCGAGAGAGAUACUAUGACCAUGACGGGGAUCUUGCCAUGGGAAUGCUUGCCGGAGCAGCUACUGGGAUGGCUUUAGGCUCUCUCUUCUGGGGAUUUUAGACAUCGUAAUGAAGAGAUUAAGUGCUCCAAGUUGUAUUUAUUUGAUGCUACAUGAAUUGGUAGUUUUCAGCAGAAUGUAAAUUCUAUAAUUACUUAAAUGUCCCUGUCUUUAGCACAGUAACAAUUAUACGAAUCUGAUAGUAAGGCAAAAAGUACAGCUUAUCAUACGUUAUACGCUCGUAACAGACAGAGUGAUAAAGCAUCAACCCCUUUUCUUGGUGUGUAUUCAUUACACAGGAAAUAAAUGGAGAACUGGUAAGGGAGGUCCAAAUUUGGGUACCUGCGCCAGGUACAUUAAUGAACUGAAAAACCAUCCGUUUCUCGUGAUAUGUUCAUUUAUUAGAAAUGUCUUGCUUUACAACCCUGAUCUGCAUACUGUGUGUGAUGGACUCACCAUAAUUCAAUUUCUAUAAAUGGUCGAGUUGCUUAUAAGCUAAGAGUAUAUAACAGAAUAACCCCAAUAGAGUUAAACUCAAUAACGGUGUCUAACGAUUAAUGAGCAUACAGAGAGGGCAGUCAUUUAUAUAUGUAUGUAAUAUGUUAAAAGAUUACUUUAUUAAUGAAGAUAAAUUAAAAUCUAUGUAAACCAUA